UCGGGGGGCGGCUCCCCCUGGCGGGCGGCCUCCGGCGGAGCGGGAAGGGAGGCGGGGCCGGAGCUGGGACGCCGCCGGCCGCGCGCGGGGGGAGGAGGAGCAGCCGCAGCCGCCGCCGCCAGGCCAUGGCCCCGCUUCGACGGCCUUAGCAGCAGCCGGAGACUCCCCCCUCGCCCGCCCUCUCUCCGCCCGGGCAGCAGGAAGCGGCUCCUCUGUCCGUAGCGGCGGCUGGAGCUCGGCUCUGAGCGGCUCCUUCCCGUCUCGUCCUCUCUCCGCCGGGGCUGGCGGAGCCGGCGGGCCCCCGUCCCCGGGGCCGUCCCGUCUCCUCUGCUGGGGACGCGCAGCCCAGGCGAGGCCGCGGCCUAGGGCGGGCGGAGCGCGUGAGGCGCAGGAUGCGGAGCGAGGCCCCCCCGGCGGGGGCUGCGCGCGGCCCCAGUAGCCCGGGAUCGCCGCGGAUGCGGCCUCGCCCCGCGCGGCGGCCCAGGAGGCGCCUCCGCCAGGCCCUCGCUCCCCAGAGCCUGUGCAGCUGGGGGCCGCUGCGGCGGCCCGCCUGAGCCGCUCCUCUGCCCCGGCCCGCCUGGCCCUGCCCUCUCCUGCCGCGGUUGACAGUGAAGGGAUGUCUGCUGCCACCUCCGCUGAAAUGAUCGAAACUCCCCCGGUCCUCAACUUCGAAGAAAUUGACUACAAGGAGAUUGAGGUGGAAGAGGUUGUUGGAAGAGGAGCCUUUGGUGUGGUCUGCAAGGCAAAAUGGCGAGGAAAAGAUGUAGCCAUUAAACAAAUAGAAAGUGAAUCUGAAAGAAAGGCCUUCAUUGUGGAGCUUCGACAGUUGUCACGUGUGAACCAUCCUAAUAUUGUCAAGUUAUAUGGAGCCUGUCUGAAUCCAGUGUGUCUUGUUAUGGAGUAUGCUGAAGGAGGUUCUCUGUACAAUGUGCUGCAUGGUGCUGAGCCUCUGCCUUAUUAUACUGCUGCACAUGCAAUGAGUUGGUGUUUACAAUGUUCCCAAGGAGUGGCAUAUCUCCACAGCAUGAAACCAAAGGCUCUAAUUCACAGGGACCUGAAACCGCCAAACUUGCUGUUGGUAGCUGGGGGGACAGUUCUAAAAAUCUGUGACUUUGGUACAGCCUGUGAUAUUCAAACACACAUGACCAACAAUAAGGGAAGUGCUGCCUGGAUGGCACCUGAAGUUUUUGAAGGUAGCAAUUACAGUGAAAAAUGUGAUGUAUUCAGUUGGGGUAUUAUUCUUUGGGAAGUGAUCACCCGUAGGAAACCUUUUGAUGAGAUUGGUGGUCCAGCUUUCCGCAUAAUGUGGGCAGUUCACAAUGGUACUCGGCCACCGCUGAUCAAAAAUUUACCUAAACCUAUUGAGAGUUUAAUGACUCGUUGUUGGUCUAAGGAUCCUUCACAACGACCUUCCAUGGAAGAAAUUGUCAAAAUAAUGACACAUUUGAUGCGGUACUUUCCAGGAGCUGAUGAACCUCUGCAGUAUCCUUGUCAGUAUUCAGAUGAAGGCCAGAGCAACUCUGCCACUAGUACAGGCUCGUUCAUGGACAUGACUUCUACAAACACCAGCAACAAGAGUGAUGCUAACAUGGAACCAAGUGACUUUCAAGGAACUGCUACCAAUGAUACCAUUAAACGCUUAGAAUCAAAACUGGCACAGCAAAUGAAAAAUUCAGCGAAGCAGUCGGGUGACCCUGGCCGUUUGAGUUUACCUCCAUCUCGCGGGAGCAGCGUGGAAAGUUUAUCAGAUGUUCGUGGACGACAGUCAACUCUUGUUUCAGGAGAAGGCAAGAGGAUGAGUGCUGACAUGUCUGAAAUAGAAGCAAGAAUUACCGCUACCAUAGCCUAUUCCAAGCCUAAACGGGGCCAUCGUAAAACUGCUUCAUUUGGCAACAUUCUGGAUGUCCCUGCAAUCAUCAUACCAGCAGGAAACGGACAACAGAGGCGGAGAUCCAUUCAAGACCUUAGUAUUGCUGGAACAGAAUCCAAUCAGGAGAGCAGAAACAGCAGUAGGUCAUCUAGUCCUAGUGUGAGAAUGAUCACUACCCCAGGACCAACCACUGAAAAGCCAGCUCGUAGUCUUCCAUGGACACCUGAUGAAUCUACAGAUACCAAUGGGUCAGAUAACUCCAUCCCAAUGGCAUAUCUUACACUAGAUCACCAGUUGCAGCCUCUAGCACCAUGCCCAAACUCCAAAGAAUCUAUGGCUGUAUUUGAACAGCACUGUAAAAUGGCACAAGAAUAUAUGAAAGUUCAGACUGAAAUUGCAUUGCUGUUGCAGAGAAAACAGGAGCUAAUAGCAGAACUGGACCAGGAUGAGAAAGACCAGCAAAACACAUCCCGUCUGGUACAAGAACAUAAAAAGCUUUUAGACGAAAACAAAAGUCUUUCGACUUACUACCAGCAAUGCAAAAAACAGUUAGAGGUCAUCAGAAAUCAGCAACAGAAACGACAAGGCACAUCAUGAUUCACUGGGACCUUUCAAAUCAAAAAUAUGCACAGAAAAGACUUUUGUAUUAUCCCUUAUUAUGACAGCUCAUGGGUGUUAGCUUCUUGAUGUGUUCAGAAUGCCUAUAUUUGUCUGCUGCACUUAGAACGUCAUUUAUUUUCCUUUUCUUAUGGUGAACAUUCAGUUCACCAGGUUUAUUGAAUGAGGUGGGAGAACAGUGACUUGAAUUAAUCACCAGCACUCAGCUUACACAAAUACAGUGAACUGUGGCUGUACACGUGCUCGGUGUGUGAAGGCUAGCCUAACAAAAGCAUUAAAAUGGCUGCUAAAUUGUAAGAUCUUGUUUUAAUUUCUGAUGUUACCUCAAUAAGAGCAAAACAAAAACUUCUGUUUUAGAAUGGUUUUGUUCUUGUCUCAUCUCAAACAAAUUUACAGUGACAGUCAUUUUCUCAUGCACCAUGCUGCAGAGCUGAUGUUGAUUGACCAGAGUAAUUCAUGAUGCAUUAGUGAUACCUUUUCCCUUAGAUUUAGUGCAUUUUUCCACAUGCAAAAUGGUAGUCAGACUGAUGCCAACAUCACUGGUUCAGUGCUUGAUAGCCCUGCAUUUUGAUUAAUAUAAUUCUUGUAAUCUUGCAUUCAUAAAAUAUUUGAAGCAAAA